AAUGCAAAAGUGAUUGGAAGUGAUCAAUCAAACAUUAAUUGUCAGAUGGUGUUUCCAAACUCAUUUAUACUCUUUAGCUGUGAAGAAGUGGUUACUGGCGUAUUAUUUGUUGCGUGCCACGCAUAUUGUCUGUAUGUUAUAGCCGCAACGUUGAUAUUACGUUGUUGGGAGAGUUCAAAAGAGAACAAAAACAAUAGCGGUCCAAACCAUAACCAAACAUUGUAUCAGAAAUCAAUAAAUUGGUGAGAACAUUUGGAAAAUCAUAAGGCGGAUCGUUUAAUCACAGUACUUGUUGAUCAUGGCAUUACUACUGUCAUCUGUGAGCUGGAAAGAGUAUUCCAACACACUAAGUACAAUAUGUAAGGAUUUAAUUGACAACUUUUUUGUUGAUUGCACUAUAUCUGCUGGGGGUCAGUGUCUAAAAGCUCAUAGGCUAAUUUUGUCUGCAUGCAGUCCAUAUUUUCAUAUCAAAGGUCUAAAUGAUUCUUCAAUGAAAGAUGUAUGUGAGUCCUUCAUUUGUGAUGCUAGCAGAGACAUCUGUCAAGGUCCGUCCUCUGAUAAUCAGAAAAACAUCUUUGAAGCUCAAAGUCAUAGCGUGAGCCAUGCCAGUACUGAACCUCCUCUUCAUCAUUCAUAUGGGUACUCAGAUACAUUGCAGAUAAAUUCUUGUCUUUCAUUAGAAGAAAGCAAUAGGGCUCCUGAGAAAGAAAAAUCAAUACUAGAAAUGGCACUGUCUCAAGAAAAGAAUGUUUCUGUUUUGCCUAGCGAGAAGUGUGAGGACACAGAAAUAAAAGUGAAAGAAGAACCAUUACAACCAGAGUGUGUUGUGGUGAAGUGUGAACAAAUAGAGGAGUGUGAUGAACUUAUCCAGGAAGAUAACACAGAUGAUGCAGAGGAAUGUAGAACACCCCCAUUUACCCACCAGAAUCAGGACCAAUAUCCUACCAUUGCUUCCACUCACAUGGAGAGUGCCAAUGCAGUGCCAGAAGCUGUUAGAGUGCCUCAG